AUGACCGACACGGCGGCGGUGCCGCGAGUUGACGCGUCCGACUUGUCCUAUGACGAGUUCUGCAAGCAGUACAUGGGUCCAAACCGUCCUGUGCUCAUCACAAAUAUUGGAGCUGACUGGCCUAUCUAUCAAACAUGGAGGCAAGGGGACAAUGGAGACGUCAACGUCGCGUUCUUGAGGGCUCACUUUGGCGACGCAGUUGUUCCGGUGGUGGGGUACGGCAAGACGGAAGGCUACGGCGGCGAAGACCGCGGCACGAUGACCCUAGACGCCUAUUUGGCGCUUUUGGAAUCUGGCAAGGCUGAAGCAAAGCAGCAAUACAUGAAAGAUUGGCAUUUUACGCGGGAUUUUCCAGAGACCGCCGCCUACACGUACGUCGAUCGCACUCCAUGGCAUUACUCUUGCCAAUUCAUUCCCGCAUGUAGGACUCCAAUUUUCUUUCAGGACGACUGGCUCAACUGGUGGUGGGACCAGCCCACCACGCCGACUCGCGACGACUAUCGGUUUGUGUACUUGGGCCCCGCGGGCUCGACGACGCCGCUGCACCACGACGUCUUGCUGUCGUAUAGUUGGUCCAUCAAUAUUUGCGGUAGAAAGGAAUGGCUGCUCUUUCCACCCACCGAAACGUGGAAGCUGUGGGAUCGAAGCGGCCGAUGCACCGCCACCAACGCAACCGAGUUCGACGCGACGCAGUUUCCUCACCUCGCAACUGCCCACCACGUCCGCGUCGUGCAGGGCGUCGGCGAAGCGUUGUUCGUGCCGAGUGGAUGGUAUCACCAAGUCCAGAAUCUCGACCGCGACACCCUCUCGGUCAACCACAACUGGUUCAACGCGUACUCGUUGGAGCAGGUGUGCAUCGCCAUCGACGGGGCGUCGUCUGGCCGCCGCGGGGUGAAUCGUUUUGGUAGAUGUGGGCAUUCUUGCAGCAUGAGCUCGCCGCCGUGGAGCGCGAGAUCGGCCAUUGCCGGUAAGGUUGCAAUUAAUACCUGGGCAACAUGGCUGACCAGGUCGGCGCGCUCGUGAGUAGGGACUCGUUCGACUCGGACGACGAAUGGCUCGACCACGUAAGUUGCCCUCGUCUCGGGUCUGUUCAUCUCGUUUUUACUCGACGUAGUGUCAAGUGGUUCUCCGCGCCAAUAUCGGCAUGAGCUACGUCGACGUCGCGGCUCUGCUCCGGGCGCGAAAGGCGUGGUACUUGAGCGCCGACGACGCCAUUCGCCGUCUUGACAUGACGUACAGCGUUCAACAGGUACGUGCUGGGCAGACGACUACUCGCUCGGCGGCCUGCGGCCAACGGGCGAGAGUGUUUCGAUCUAACAUCGCCACAGAUCAACAAGGUGCUCGAAGCUAUGAGUGCGCACCCGUCGCAGCAGCGCGGCCACCCAAGCGACGACCAUGCCAUUCCACGUUGCAAUGCACAUUCCACUUAACGACACGUCCACUAUGUUUGCCGCACACGUGAGCCGUCCGAUGGACGGUCCAGUGCGCGCUUGUUAACUCUUGUAUCACGCCACAGGAGCGGCAGUCGCGCGCUGUUCCUGGUCGCGGUGCGGGUCGAAUGGUACCUUGAGUGAUGGGCCCGACACUAACUCGGUGAUGCCAAACUCCUGCAAGAGAAGCGAGUCGGCCGGCGGUCGGUUGACCUUCUCGGAAGGCAUCCACCCCCGCGUCGGCGUCGUCGCCUUGAGCAUGGCCAUUUCCAAAUAUGAAUUGGACCGUUCAAGCAUGGCCGCGCGGCGGGCGUGCCGCUCCGACAUGCGCACGUCUCCAUAACACGACAUGGUCAACGAGUCUCCAACGGCGGCACGUCUCCGACCCUCUGCCGCGUCAUGAUCGGGCAUGGCGGUUUGCAACGAUCGCCGUCGAUGCCGAGACUUGCCAGUAGUCGUCGACAGACUCGAUCGAGUCCAUUCGACGCUCGAAUCGUGCGAGUGCAUCGUCGGGGACGACUGCACACCCGACGGCACUGCUGUCGACAGCUCGUUCACGUUGGCACGGUCGUUUCGAUGGACGAGAGCCGCUCUCGCAGCCAUGUCAGCCGGAUCCAACACGAAUUUACCCAAUGACGCGCGCAUCCAAUUGCCAUGACGCACCGGCGACGACGGGAAGCUAUCGUGCGUUGACGACGUCCGAGUGGGAAAACUAUCCCGAAAACUGCUCCCGGUGGUUGUGGCCGUCAGCGCCAGCGAUGCUCUGGAAGCGGACGGCACGCGCUGCGAAUGCUGGCUCGUCGUACUCAUUCUGCUCGCCUUGGAGGAAACGUCUUGGGUCAUCGAGGACAAACCGGUGGUUGACGCGAUCGAGACGGCGGGCGUUCGCGUGCCCGAGGAAGACGAUGGAGACGACGGCGUCUUGGGCGGCACCUUGGUCGACUUUUCUGCAAACGCACACAGCAAGCAGCUGCGCACCGAGUCCGCUUGGGUCAGUUUCGCCGACAGGCUGCGAUGCCCCAACGACGGGUCGACCACCGUCUCGAGCGUGACAAAGGUCGAACAGGCGCUACAGAUGGACUGACCGCACAGACGGCAAUGGUGGCGCCGCCUCAGCACGUUGAACCGAAACGAUGUCGUGCACAGGUGACACGAAUUGGAUUCGGCCCACUUUUGCCGAGGGACGAGCUGCAGGUGCGAGGACCGGCACGUCGCGGCGAGCUGCUGCAGCCCCGUCACGACCACCCCUUCCAUCCAUUGCCGCAGUCUUGGGUGGUGUGCGGUGUCCGCGCCGGUCAAAUGACAUGAAAACGAAAACGUAACGCGGCAAACGUCGUCAACAUCGCCGGGCUCGAUGAAGAAACCUGAAUUGACCACAUGCAAGCGAACGCAUUUUGUGUCGGCCGGGCCAAAGAGAGCCAAGUGCUGCAGCGCUGGAGACGACAGCGUGAUUGACUCCCAAAUGUGCGUCCCGUACGCGACGUUGUCGGUGGCCUUCGUUGCAACCAGCGACAGGUCGUCGCACGUUGCCGGGGACGAUUCGUACAGCUGCGACGCGGACAUGAACAAGACGUCACUCAGUCGGUGGUCGUCGUUCAGGCCCACGACAGACAUCCAAUGCACAUGCGUUGCGUCGUUGUCGGACGCGACCGUGGCUCCUUGGCACACGAUCGAUGGGAGAAGCGUUUGCAUGGUUGACGUGAAUGCUUUCGAGUGGCGCAUGUUGAACGUGUUGAGGAUCGACGGCACCGUGCCUGCGACGGCGCUUACGCCCUGCACGACCAGUGUACCGCUCGUGGAGUCGCUGUUCGACAUUUUCUCGUACAGCUUGAUCCCGUACAGCUCGCGCUGGUACACGAGCGACGUGUCGAGCCGCGUCGUGUUGGCCUGUACUAGAAGGAAACCCUUUUGUUCCGCUGCAUGAUACAUGUCGUCGACCACGUCGACGGGAUGGUGCGAUAGUGACCGCAGAGCCUUGGCAAACUGUUUCUGGCCAUGCGUGUCGCGGGCCUUGACCUGGUCACUGAGGUCCAGCAAGCUCCACAGCUGGUGCUCCCUCGACAUCUGCGUGGUGAACGCCAUCGGCGGGGUCUUGUCCGAGUUCUCCUUUGCCCCAGUCUACGCAACCAGAAGUACUCGCUUCCAUCAGGACCGCUUCCAUCGAGAAGCCGAGGAACACGGAUCAGGUGCGUUGCGAU